CGUCGCGUUCAGCCUGCAACUUCAGCACUGUAGUAUUUUGUUUUUCAUGUGGAAGUUAAAGUCUUCAGUGGAUGUACAGUCCGGAGUAGUGGGUCUAGUAAAGCUGCUGGUGUGAAGUUUCAGGUUGAUGGGACCCUGAUGAAGCACUUCUACUGUUCCUACAUCCAGUCAAUCAUUUCCUUCUCCAUUAUAUGCUGUGGCCCCUGCUGUGACGCCUUCAGCCAUGUCUCAGAUUAGUGAUCCAAAGAUCGCUUUUGCUUACCUCCGCCCAGCCUGUGUCCUGCUCACCCGAGAGCCCACUGUGACUAAUGUGGAGACUUUGAGCAGCCAACUGAAAGAAGUCAGUGAUGCAACAUUGCAGCAGCUCCAAGAGUAUGUCCUCUUCCCUCUUCGCUUUGUCCUUAAAGUCCCCGGACCAAGGAAGGACAAACUGGUGCAGGCUGUGGCCGAAGCCAUGAGCCACGUUUUGGAGAACACUUGUGUCCAGAGCUGGGAGACCCUCCAUGACCUCUUUUCAGAGCUCUGCCUCUGCCUCUGCUCUCCAACUGAUCCUGGGAAGCCUGCAGAUGUGUCAGAGGAGCUGAAAUCAGCUGUGCUGAGGUGCCUGGAUGCCUUGAUUCAUGCAGCCUAUGGUGACAUAGUCUUCAGACUCUUUGAACCUAUUAUGCUGCCUGGAUUGGGUGCUGCCAUAUCACUGCUGCUAGCUUUAGGAGAGAAAGAGCAAUCUCGCGAUAUCCAGGCAAAGGCCUUGAAGUGCCUCCAGGCUUUGACUCUGCAGUGUGACUGUACUCAGGAGCAUGUAGUCCCAUCCUCAGAAGAGCAGUGUUCUGUGGGCAGCACCAUGGCGUCAUUCUUACCUGGGAUCACUACGGCUUCAGCCCGGAUCAUUACAGGAGAUCUGAGACAAGGCCAUGCAGUCACUGUUAGGGCCAUCAAGGUUUGGUCCAGGACUGUGGGGAUUGUCAUGGAAGACACUCAGCUGCAGUCCAGAGACAGUUGGAAGACUCCGUCACCAGACCUGGGGAGGAUCGGACAGCUGAUAGUCCAUCGCACACCGGACUGGGUGAAGAGCACAGCAACGAAACUGUCUGUGUUGCUGAAGAAGAUCAUCUCCUGCACCUCGGCCCACAGGCACUGGAGGGUUAGACUGGAGAUGGUGGAGCUUGCCGACCACCUGCUGGCCAGGUGUAGUCAGACACUGGGAGAGUGUGUUCGAUUGCUACUGGAAGCUUUGGUGGGAGCGAUCAAUGAUGAGGAGCCCAGAGUCAGAGAGAGGUGUGAGGCUGCUCUCAAAGAGGUAUCCCAGAGGAACCAGAGCUGCAGUAGCAGAAGUGAAGUUAACCGUGAAUGGAGCAGUGGCCAUCAGACCUUCACCGAUGUCUUGUCUGAGAAUCUCCACUCUUUGGCCACCUCCCUUCCCAGACUGAUGAGGACCUCAGAUGACCAGAAGAAGCUGUUUGUCCUCAAUGUGUUUCUGGGCUACUUAAAGGUCCUGGGGUCACUCGUCUCUGUGGUGCUCAACUCUGCUUCACAUCUGGAGAGGAUUUCCAAAGCCUUGAUGCAGGUUCUUGAGCUGGAUGUGAUGGAUGUUCGCAUUGUGGAGGAAAGGUGUUACACUGCUACCAUGGAAACCAGCCCAGACUCUCAUGAUUCUUACACUGCUCACAUACAGAGGAAGCAUUUUCUCUACUUCACAGAUGAGAGGAUUUUCUCUGUGCUCAUGGAGAUCUGUCGAACAUUAGGUUACUACGGCAACAUUUACCUGCUGACAGAUCACUUCCUGGACUUGUACCACCAGUCUUCAGCUUACAGAAAGCAGGCUGCCAUGGUAUUAAAUGAGAUAAUCAGAGGUGCUGCUGGCAUCGCUGUGGCAGCACAGCAUCAGGGUUUGGAGAAUCAGGGACACUCUGCCACCCAGGAAGACCUUACAGCAGCAGUAAUCUCUGUCAUAGAGGAAUACAUCAGUCUGAGCAACUGGCACUUGAUUACUGUCAGUGAGGAGACAGAUAGAGACCAACAGGAUCAGCAGCUGCUGAACCCAUCCAGACCUCUCUCCAUAUCCAACAGUGAUGUCAGCAACUGCCUCCAAGUUAUUCCUCCUUCAUUUGGCUCCCCCUGUCCCUCAUCACCUACUUACACAGUCCACCAGCUCAACAGCAACAUCUGGCAGCUGUGCAUCCAACUUGAGGGCAUUGCCUGCUUUGCUCAGGCACUGCGACAUGACUUCCGUCCCCUGUUGAUGACCUCACUGUACCCUGUGUUGGAGAAAGCCGGUGAAGAGACACUGCUGGUCAGCCAGGCAGCACUGAGCUCCAUGCUGGACAUCAGUAAGGCCUGUGGAUACCCCUCCCUGAAGGAGCUGAUCAGUGAGAACUCAGACUACCUGCUCAAUUGCAUAUCACUCAACCUGCAGAGGCUCAGCCAACAUCCACAGGCUCCACGGGUGUUGACAGUGAUGUUGACUCACUCCGACUGCAGCCUGCUGCCUCUGGUUGAGGACAUCGUUCAGGAUGUGCUGAUGGCUCUGGAUCUCAGCUACGAACACACAGCUGCUCUUUUCUGCUCAGUGCUGCACGCGCUCAUGAAGGCACUGGCAAGGUGGUUUCCCUCUACCAGCAGCAGGACCAGCAACUGUUCCAGUUCCAAGCAGACCUCCACUGAAGCGGAAGAGCUCAACAUCCGUCAGUUCUUGCUGGAUUACCGUAAACAGAAAGAACUGGCAGAGGGCAUUGGGAUAGAAGAGGAUGACACUGAGGACCUUGAGGUCCCUCCUGCCACAGAGUGUGAGGACAUUGGAGAUAUUGAUGGUCCAGAUGUGAAAGCUGAACUUCCCUCCCACCUCAGCAUAGCAAAGGAUGUUAUGGAGCGCUGCAUUCAUUUGCUGUCGGACCCCAGCCUCAGGAUCAGACUCAAGGCCCUGGAUGUUCUGGAGUUGAGUAUAUCUGCACUGAGUGAGAAGGAGAAUGAGCUGCUGCCUCUGUGUCACCGCUGCUGGCCAGCCCUCCUACAGAGACUCACAGCUGAUGACCCGCUAGCUGUCCUCAGAGCCUUCAGGGUGCUGUGUACGCUGGGUGAAACGUGUGGUGACUUCAUGAGGAGGAGGGUUUCUAAAGAGGUUCUACCUAAACUGAGCGCCUCUCUGGCACGGCAGGCUCCCAUCAGCGCCAAGGCCAGGCCCAUCUACACUCACACCAUGGCCUACAAACUGCAGCUGGCUGUGCUGCAGGGGCUGGGCUCACUGUGCCAGAGGCUGGAUCUCGGGGAAGCCGACUUGGAUGCCGUUUGUGAAGCAUGUCUGCCCUACCUCAGCUGCACACAGCCCAUCAGACUGCAGGAAGCCUGUCGAAGCGUUUUCCGACAUUUAAUCCAGGUGGACCCGGAUGCCUUCUGGUUUACUCUAAAUGAGCUGCACUGCCCAUCCUCCUACAUCCCGCCUCACCCCGACCUCAACGCCGUCCAGCUGAACGGGAUGGGCAGGCUGAGAGACCAGUACUCGGACAACGUGCUCCAACUGCUGAGGGAAGAGUUUGGCCCAGUCACUGAGUAAAUUAACCAGCCAGUCAGCUAAUAAGCUGGUGAUUGAUGCAACUAACUCAUCUCUCAGAGGGACAACUGAUUGAACCACUGACUGCAACAGCUCCGACUCACUGAAAGAAAAUCUGAUAACCAUGCUGAAAAUCAGCCAUCAAAUAUGCUCAUGAUAAUCUUCAUGGUGCACACAGGUCCGAUGAGCAGCAAGGUGGAAAAGGAAGAUGUUAGUACAGCAUCUGUGCUGCAGAAACCAGGAACAAACCUGACAGGACUUCUACAUCGGUGACAGUGCUGAUGCUUUUUAUAUCAUGUGUUUCACAGACACAUACUAACACAUGAAAGUGUUAAAUUUGCCAUGUCUUUUCAUGAUGUUUCUUUGUUAUCUGAAGAAAUACUUUCUUCUAAACUACCUUGCUUGUUUGUAAUAAUCAAUGGUUCAGAGUGUUUCUGAACACAGAAUACGUUGGCCUUGAAAACAGAUUUUUUUUUUUUUUUUGUGGAUUCUCCAAUCAUUCAAAAAUAGCUCCGUUAUGCAUAAUGCUGAUGUCAAAGCCUUGAAAAAAGCACUGAGUUCUGACCCUCAGACUUUUCUGGUGCUGACAGAAAUGUGUUCACAGCACAGAAUAUUGAAAAGCUUGGAUCUGUCUGGACUGACACUGUUUCUACUUCAAACCUGAAGACAUAUUUCCAAGAAAGACAUGUUCAGAUUUUCUAAAGUGCAGUAACAAGAAAUUUUGCUUUUGCAUCCAUACAGAUGGAAACUGAAGUAUUUCUUUACCUGAACAGUAAAAAAAAUAAUGCUCAAAUUGACAUUGUCUUGUUAUUAGGAAAUUCUACAUUUAAUCUGUAAUGUGUACAGUGGUUUUACAAAGGUACAUUCCCAAAAGGCUUUGGUAUCUAGUUCAACAUCUCUCAACCACAUCUGGGCUCAAUAUUUUUAAAACCCCUUCUGAUAAAAGAAGUUUUCAAAGUUUUACCACAGGUACACGUCCAUAUGGUGGUUUUAUAUAAACAAGAAGUCACAUCAGGAGUGAAAUAAACAGAUGAGAACAGACAAUUGAAUUUCCCUUCGGGGAUUAAUAAACUCAUUGUAUGGUA